AUGGCCAAAUCGGUGAUACAAAACAAAAUCCAGCAGAAUUUCAAAAACAAAGUUCUCCAAACAAAUCGGGUGCUUCCUCUUUAAUUGCAAAUGGUUUGAGCUUUGCAACCUUUGUAGGAUCAAUGAUCGCCUUGUUUUAA